GUUUUUAUUUAUAAGGCAACAUUAAUCUGGUUCUCGUUUCUCUUCUCUGUAAAAAAAGGAAAAAUAUUAAUUCUCUGUUCUCAGACAGACAGACAGGCACAUUUCCUACAUUUUUACAACAUUUCAUAAGUAAGCCUUAUUACAUGUUAUUUUUCUGUAUUUGUUGAGAAGAAGUUAUUUUAUUGCCCUCAUCACUGAUUAUGACCGAAGCACAGUUGCAAGAUCCACAGUUAGAAAACUUUAUCCUCACAGAAACGCAGAAACAACGUUUCCAAGUUCUUGUCCACGGGCUAACAGACACAUGCUGGGACACAUGCAUGGGCCGGCCCACCAACCGGCUGGACUCCAAGACUGAGGUGUGCAUAAUGAACUGUGUGGAAAGGUUCAUUGACGCUACAACUUUCAUAACAAGACGAUUGAUGAAUACAACUAAGUACCGUUCUGACGCACCUCUUUUAUUCCAGUAAAGUAAGCAUAAAAUUUGUAUACAAAAUGUUGGAAGGGUUUAAGGACUUUUUGCGCCGUCACAAACGCAAGUUUAUUGUGACAGGUGCUGUGUUUGGUGGAUUAUAUUUACUCACCGGUUAUGCACAGAGAAAAUUGCGAGAAUGGCAAGAAAAAGAGGCCAAACGAUUUUUCGAAAUGACUCGUAAAAAGCAACACUUUGAGAGCACUGAACGUACAUGUAACCAAACAAUAUUAUCACUAUCAAAAAUUGUGACAGAAAGUAUUUUAAGUAUAUUAAACACAGAAGAGAUAGUUCAAAAACUGCAGGAUAAUCCAGAAAACAAAUUAGCAUUAUGGGAACAAUUGAAGAUUAUGAUAUACACAAGAAUAUGUGUCCUUGUAUAUGCACUGAACAUAUUGCAAGUGAUACUACGAGUACAGCUUAACAUAAUUGGUGGUUACCUGUACAGAGAUUCAGUCCGCGAGGAAGAUUCUCUUGUGGAUGGUGACCUGCAAGCAAAGUAUUUGUCUCUAUGUCACCAUUUUGUAGAUAGAGGUGUGGAAGACUUAGUGAAACAGAUAGAGACAGCCGUGAAGAAAGUUGUUGAGCCUGUAUCCUUAAAGAAAAAGAUGACAUUGCGAGAGGUGGAGCAAAUAUUCUGGUCUAUACAAACUAUAUUGUGUACAGAUACUGUAGAAGGUGACCCUGUUAAGAAAAUGGUGCAGUACUUAAUGGGUAAUGCAGAGAUCAGUGGGGCAAAACUAGACACCAUUGUUAAAGAAACAAUGGAUCUUUUAGAAAGUGAUGAAGUCACCACCAUUACCAUGUCAUCUGUAAGUCGCAGCUUCUCAUCUAUCAUAGAUGAAAUUGCCAACUUAUUUGUAUCUAAAUCUGCUCCCACCAGUAAGAAUCAUUUAGAGCUAAAUGUUGAUCAUGUAAUCACAAAUGGGGCAUUGAAACUAGGAGCGAGUCCUGACACUUUUGUAGAUGUCAAUAAAGUAGAAAUACACUUUGUAAAACUCUUACCUGUUAUUAGUGAACUCAUUACAAAGAACACAUGUAAGGGUAACACUAACAUUCCAGAUUUAUUGACUCAGCAACUCACAUUAAGUGACAAGUUGAAACUUCUAGGGGCUAACAUAUAUGAAGUAUUUAGUAGUGCUUAGGCUUAUAAUAUUCAAAUGUGUAAAUGGCUCCUGUGUAAUGGCCUUUAAAUAAAAUAAAAAAAAUACAUCUAUGUAAUGAGACAGAAAUAGUGUCACAAUUUAUUAUCGUUUCAUGUCUAGGUAUUGUGGUAGAUAAGCUUUUUUGUAAUUCUUGCAUUUUGGGGACAGUAAUAAAAGUAAUAAUUAAUUAAAA